CCAUCAAAGUGAGCUGCGUGGGCUCCUGUGGAGUGUCCAACAAAAUGAACGACACGGCGUGGACCGUGGAAGAGCAGUAUUUCAAUACUACGCUGUCCCUGGCAGAUAAAGGUAAGAAGAAAGUUGCCUAUAAGUCCCGGCGGUGGAUUUAUGACUUGAGGACCAUCGCUGAAGUGGAGGGCUCCGCUGUGAAAGCCUGGAAGCACGCAGAGUGGAAGGAGCAGGUCCUGGUCCCAGCGUUGCCACAAUCCAUUCUGCAAGGCUGCAGUCUUAUUCACAUCGAUUACUACAUCCAGGUCUCCCUCAAGUCCCCCGACGUCUCCGUCGCAUUGCCCAUUUACAUCGGCAACAUUGCCGUGAACCGGAUCCCCUUAAGUCCUUCUCACCUGGUCCCCAGCCUUCCCUCGCCGGUGGUCCCGAGCGCGCCUCCCGAAGAAGAAGCAGCAGCCAGGGGUCAUUCCCACCCCAUGGACAAUAUUUCAAUCCCUACUAAGAGCCAUUCCCAACAGCAGCCCUUCAGCUACGCCCCAGGAUUGUGCUUCCCGGAAGUGAGACCGGAUUCGGAGCAGAUCACCUCCCCUAACUGUCCCACUCUUUGCUUGUCGACGGGAUCAACGGUUCCUUAUUACGCCGAGGGUGCUGUCGUUCCAGUGGCCACGGCCAGUUCUUUGAUCCUACCGCCCGAGUAUAGCACCUGGGGUUAUCCAUCCGAGGCACCUCCUUCCUACGAACAGAGUUGUAGCAGUGCGGCCUCUAGCUUCAGCAACGACAACUAGGCUCUAGCCUGGCCAUCUGAAGACCACGGUGAAUCGGGAGGAACGCCGGUACACGGCGUUGCUCGGAAGAGGCAGUCCCACCUGGCCACGGGCCUGUUGGCCGCACCUGACCAACGCUAGGGAUGUUUUUUUGGG